AUGUCCAAUAGCAAAUUACAAGUUACUCUCCUCGCGGACGAAUGGAAGUCUUCCAAAGGUGGCCUGUCGACCAUAAAUCGAGAAUUGGCGAUACAGUUGGCUAAACAUCCCAAUGUGUCCGUAACUUUCUUUGUCCCGAAAUGCACUGAAGACGACAAAAAUGCAAGUAGUGGUUGUAACGUGCGUAUCGUUAAAGCACGGGAGCGGCAUGCAUUCGAUCCGCUUGAUUGGUUAAGUUUUCCACCAGAUGAUCUCUCCAUAGACAUAAUCAUUGGCCAUGGUGUAAAACUUGGUAAACAAGCUCAAAUAAUAAGGGAAAGCCAUCGGUGUAAGUGGGUUCAAGUUGUACAUACUGCUCCUGAGGAACUUUCCAUGUUGAAAACGUACUCAGAUUGUGACAAUGCCAUAUCUAAGGGCGACAAAAAACAGUGGAAUGAAAUCAAACUGUGCCAGAUUGCCGAUCUAGUGGUGUCUGUUGGACCAAGGCUUUGGGAGUUUUACUCGCGUUACCUUAGCUCCUCCGGAAAACAUGUAUUCAAUCUUACGCCAGGUAUCUUUUCUGAAUUAUCCUCGUUAAAGCUUUCCACAGUCAAAGGUAAGAGGUUCAAUGUUCUGUUGUUUGGACGAGGCGACUCAGAAGAUUUUAAACUCAAGGGUUUCGAUAUAGCGGCCAAAGCAGUCGCUCAACUGAAUGACACAAGUUAUAAGCUCGUCUUUGUGGGUGCACCAAGUGGAAAUGAGGAACAAGUGGCAGAGCAACUGCUUGAGUACGGCUUGAGCAAAAAGCAGCUGAUUGUGAAGUCAUUUCUUGAAAAUCGGGGAGAUCUUGCAACCCUGUUAUCUACAGCAGAUCUUGCUGUCAUACCCUCAAGAUCGGAAGGAUUUGGUUUAACCGCUUUGGAAGCGUUAUCUGCUGGUCUGCCUUUUCUUGUCACCCAAGCUAGCGGAUUUGGAGAGGCUCUGCAAGAGGCUCUUCCUCAGAGUACCCCCUGGGUUGUGGAUUCUGAGAAACCAGAUGAGUGGGCUGAAGCUAUUAAAAGUGUCCGAGAAAAGGGUCGCGAAGCAGCAAUUGCGGGAUGUCAAACUCUACGGGAAAGCUAUGGCAAGAAGUACAUCUGGGAAAGUCAAUGCAGGGAUCUUGUGGAAAAGAUGGCCAGCCUCGCUAAUGGUAAGCACUUUUCAGUAUAUCUUUUGUGAAUCGUUCUUGUCACGGUCAUAGUGAUUUUAGGUCUGGCUGCAAAACUAAGCCAACUUACCUGUGUCCCAUUUUGUUUCAAAAGGUUUUCGUUCUGCUGCGUGAAAACUCAUCUACACUUUCCCUUACUACACCGUCCUGAUGAUUCAUUUCUAUUAUCACUGCUAGUUUUUUUUUACAUUUUUGUGUUCUUUUCUGCUUAGCUACUUGAGUGAACUGACCAUGGUAAAUGUUUUUCUCUAUAUUACUUUUUUAACGUGAUAACAUUAAAGUAGUAAGUUAAUUUCAUAUUAAAGGUCAGCGGUGAAUUUUGAGCGUAGUAAUAUAGAAAUAUAGAGAGAUGGUUUUUUUUAAUCAUGUAAAGAACGUGGCACAAAGAAUAAUUCUGAGUUGCCGCAAGGAAUCGACCUCAUACCAAGGAAUUUCGCGCUCUGAAUCUCUUACACUGAGCCACUGAUACUCUAGGGUGAGCUAAGUUAUUAUAACGUAAUAUCUAAGGAGUGUUCAGCAUAAUGCUGUUAUCGACCUUGUGGCUCAGUCUCAAUGACUGGGAGGUGGAGCGUCGAAACGCGAAAUCCGAUGAUCUGUUAUACAAUUCCUCAUGAGAACUCUGAUUUCUCCGUUUAUCCCACCCUUGUGAAAGGACGAAAAUUGAACAUCUUUCUCAUUUGAAAUACAUUACAUAACACUUGCAGCUUCAGGAAGCAAGAUGGAAUCGUCAGUUACUGCUGCUCCCUCACAAAGUUUGAAUGAGGCCUCUAAUGUGUACCGUUCAGAUGAACAAAGUACCAAAACGCACCCUGAAGUGAAAAAUGCACAACUGGAAGACGAGUCUGGACUGUCAUCGAGUGCAAGAGGUCCUUUACCUAAAGACCAGCGUUUGACUAAACAAAGGCUCCAGGACAAACGUGAGGAGAGACGAGAAGGUUUCACUGCGCAUGAUUUUGAAACGACCAGUGGAAGAAAGUCAUCAAAUUUUUGUAGUCAAGGAACCACGCCUGAAAAAAAUCUUUCCUCAAGUCUUGAAAUACCCAAAGGUUAGAGAAUUACAUUCGUAUCAGUAAUUAACUCUAAAAUUAUUACUAACAUAAAGCAUUACUACUCUGGUCUUAGCAUUUUAUUCCGUUUUGAAUGAACAAUAUUGGAAAGGAGGCUUUACAUUUCCUCAGAUAAUUAGAUCCGAUGGUCUGUUGUUCAAUUCCACAUGAGAUAUCUGAUAUCUGUAGUUGUCCCACGUUUGAGAGAAGACGAAAACUGAACAUCUUUCUCAUUUGAAGUGCAUUAUAUAACAUUUGCAGCUUCAGGAAGCAAGAUGGAAUCGUCAAUAAGUGCUGCUCCCUCACAAAGUUUGAAUGAGGCCUCUAAUGUGUACCGUUCAGAUGAACAAAGUACCAAAACGCACCCUGAAGUGAAAAAUGCACAAAUGGAAGACGAGUAUGCACUAUCAUCGAGUGCAAGAGGUCCUUUACCUGAAGACCAGCGUUUGACUGAACAAAGGCUCAAGGACAAACGUGAGGAGAGACGAGAAGGUUUCACUGCGCAUGAUUUUGAAACGACCAGUGGAAGAAAGUCAUCAUAUUUUUGUAGUCAAGGAACCACGCCUGAAAAAAAUCUUUCCCCAAGUCUUGAAAGACCUAAAGGUUAGAGAAUUACAUUCGUAUCAGCAAUUAACUCUAAAAUUAUUACUAACUAAAAGCAUUACUACUCUGGUCGUAGCAUUUUAUUCCGUUUUGAAUGAAAAAUAUUGGAAAGGAGGCUUUACAUUUCCUCAGAUAAUUAGAUCCGAUGGUCUGUUGUUCAAUUCCACAUGAGGACUCUGAUAUCUUUAUUUGUCCCACGCUUGUGAGCACCUUUCUCAUUUGAAAUGCAUUAUGUAACAUUUGCAGCUUCAGGAAGCAAGGUGAAAUCGUCAGUUACUGCUGCUCCGUCACAAAGUUUGAAUGAGGCCUCUGUUGUGAUAUCAGAGAUAGAUGAAAAACAAUCAGUUGCUUCAUCAAAAUCUGAACAGUGCCAGAAACUCCAAGAAAAUAGACCAGAACACUUUGUGGGUGUCGACGAAGGUAAUUUUUCUGAACCGAAGUAUUGAAUCCAAUGACUUAGCGCAUUCAGCUGUUUCGAGAAAGAUUGUCGGAAAAAAGCAUAAAAGUAGGUGCAACAACUCCGAAAUGUAUCUUGGGUAGUUUUCAGGUUACGGUUCCUUUUCAGGGGAAACUGAGGAAGCGUCACAUUUCUUUCCUGUAUGGUUAAUAGAUACAAUUUACGAUAACUUUUUCACGACUAAUGGCCUAAAUAUGUCAAUUUGUUUUGUUGUUUUACGGCUAACGAUUGACCUAUAGAAUUCGAAAAUCUGCGGACACAGAAAAGUCCUUUGCACAAUGAUGAAGUCGCCACUGCAUUGACGGCGGCUAGAAGACUGAUCGAUAAUCGUCUUACAGGCGACGGUUCUAGAAAUAUCCUCCAUCCAAGCUCUCGAGAAAUCAAAGGUUAGAUAAUGAUUCAGCAAGAUAUCCUUGUGAUUAACAGGCACUCUAUUUUUAAAUUGGUUUGUAUAGCAGUCAGUCAUUACUCGAGCUUUCGUCUGUCUACAUCAUAGUCCCAAGCGUUCCCUAGCGGAGACGCUGGAAACGGGGAAUGGGAAUCGCGAGCGCAUUACCAAAGAAACUCGUAACUGCGCCAGAAUAAUUCCGCUCCUCUCACUUACAGAUGCACACAUCAUUGUAGAUGAGCCCACACUAAAAGGUGUUGAGCGUUUUCGGAACGGGUCGGUCCACGAAUUACAUUACUUGAAAUCGUAGAGAACUUUCAAAAAACUGAAUACAUCAGAUUUUGAGAAGUGUUAGAGGUCACAAAUUUGGUGCUAAGUAAAGUUCAGUAUGCUUUCAUUCUGUGGAACUGUUGUCUUCAUGUAUGCAAGGUCAUCGGACAUUUGAGUUCAUUUGUAUACAAAGCAGUACUCUUAUCUACUGCUGUCAAUUCAACGGUUCGAAAGUACCCCAGUAAUUGAGCACCUACUUGUGUCUAGUUCGAAAUGGUAAUUUUCUCAGUUAUUAAAGUUUUAUAUACGAGAAAAUAUGACGCAGAAGCGUGUAUGCUUGUAAAUUACUGUUAGCGAUUCCUCGCCCAAAAUAGUAAUAUAUCGGGUUCUAUUGGGUCUAAAAAGUCACUUUGAAUGAGCGAAGACUCUUGAGUUCAAGCUAAAGCAAACUUAAAAGUUUUCGCCCAUACGUCGACUAUCUUUGGAUGUUUUUCACAAAAAUCUGAAUUUUUUUUUGUCAUAUGAACCCUAUUACGCGACAGCGAAAUCAACUCGCGUGGGUGUCACGCUUUCGUGCAGCUUUGUUUCGGUCUCGGUAGCAAGGUGAGAAAUUAUUGGACAAUUUAACAAUUUUCUGGUAGGAAAUGCAUUUUAAUUUGCGACUGUAUCAUCACAGUAAUCAAUUUAAGGGGUUUUAAGUAGUAAUGGUAGAUUGGAAGUUGUUGGUUAAGUAAAAAACAAACAAGCUCUGAAGCAAAUAUAAAACGUUUGUUUGAAUUUAUUACAACGACCACCCUCGUCAUUUAAAGGUAGAUAUAUAUAUAAAAACUUGGGUCUGAAUCUUUUGAUGAUUAAAAUAAAGCAGUUUGUAGAAUUCACAGACUAAAGUUGAAUCUGUCUUAUGCGCUUGCUAUUGGGUCAUUGUACCUUGUAAGUUGAGGAAUUGAUAAAUGUUACAAUCACCGGUGUUUAAUCUUUAGAUUUGGCGAUUCUUAGCUGCAAUGCGUCACCUGAAACCAUGGCUGAUCUUAAGGAAAUUUUGCAAAAGAAUAUUUGCAGUCUUCGCCUAUCAGAAGAUCCUACUUUUGAAAACCUAGAACCCGACAAAGUUGAGCAAUUUUUGAAGGAAAAUCUACUCGGAGUCUGUGUAUUAGUGAUAGAUGCGUCUACACUGAAAGAUGGUUCUGGAAAAGGAAAACUUGAGGAAUACCAACGAUGUUUCGAAACUGCACUGCGUAGAGUUGGUAAGUCAGCAGAGAAUAAGUCAUUCAAUCAAUCAUUUAGUCAUUCAAUCAAUCAUUAAGUCAAUCAUUACCAAGUACACCAUCACAAGAUCCUGUAUAAUUAGAAGCCUUUAAACCAUUUCCUCUUCAACCGUUGACAUCUUUAGGUCUCACUGGAUAUUCUCGUUGUCAUUUCUUGAUUUCUUUUUGGUUGUCCCUUUAUUUAGAAUGAUAAAACUCGAAAGAAGCCGGAUAGGGAAGGUCAUGAAAAUUCAGAUAGAUCAAGUGUGGGUUUCAGCUCUUUAUUCCGUUAAAAAGUUUAUAGGUAACUUUUUUUUCUUAUCAGUGUUAGGAUGGGAUUAGGGUAAGUGGCGAUUGCGUUUGAACGCCUUGGCCUAAAGUAAGGAGUCUCCCCAAAAACACAGUAUUCACCCUGCAUAAAACCUUAUAUCAUGGAAGUCAAAAAAUGAGACAGUGAAUUUCAUCCUCCAAACCUACAGAAUGUCGAACGGGACAAAAGUUAUUAACAAGGUUAAUAAUAUCCUUUUGCCAUUUUCGUUUUCACAGUUGUAAAAGUCAUCAUCUUGGUUUGCGGUCUUAAAACCACUAACCUAUCACCAACGCAAGAAGGUGCAGUCGAUCAAUUCAUGGGACGCUUUAAAAGUUACGAAGAAAAGAUGUCCAUAGUGGAGUUAAACAAAGGGAAGCUCAGUGUGAAUAUAGAUGAUCUUAUCAAGAUUUUGAGGCAACUCUUCGAACCAAAUACUCAGAUGAACCGUCCAAGAGGCUCACAAGAACCAGAUAUCUGUGCUAACUCAUUGACCGUACAUACAUAUCAAUUUGGAGAGAGAACAAACCUUCCAGCGGAGGAAACAAUUGUUGAAAAGGGCCCUCCAAAUAUUUCGCAGUUGCCGUCACAAUCCUCAGUGGUUUACCGGUCUAUUCUUGUGCUGAGAGGUAUCUUUCGUCGUGGAAAGUUAUCUGAUGAGUUGGGUGAUAUUCAUAUAAGAAACUUGGAAAUUAAAAUUCCCGAUGUCAUUUUUGAACGUCUUUUUAAAACGUUCUCAAACACCCCUGAGAUUGGUGUAAGAAUUUUUAAACACCCCGAUGGCUCAUUUGGGUGGACCACUGUUAAAAAUUUGAGGCGAUUUUCAUUAAAAAAGGAAGUACAACUUUUUCAAGAUGAAGUACUCGUCUUAAAAACUCGUGUCCGCAAUGGAGAGGUAUCUUUUGAGGAGGAUGAUGUGCAGUUUCUGCGUGGGGAUAUUGACAUUCCCCCACAUAUUAUUGCUCGUUUGAAAACAGAAUCUAGAGGGAACCCGUAUGGUGACUUGUACGUCAUUUUAGAUAGUGUUGGACAGUUUCGAUCCGUGGUUAAAAGUGGAGUAAUGGAUAGAAUGGCUGAUUUUUUUUUUGCACAGAAAUAGGAGGCCUUAAACCUGUCAAGUCACAAGAGGCUUUUUUUUAGCAGCAUAAAGAUUAAAGGAACUGGUAAAAUCCACUUCAUUGUAUGAGGAAGCUGGCAAAUAACGAGGGACGACAACUGAAUUGAUGUCUUCCUUUUGACUCUUAACCUUCAGAAAUAGCUCUUUUCAGUUGCGAUGCUCGUCCAAGUUGAUGUGAUAUCAGACGUCUCAAUGCAAGCGAAAACCGAACUGUUCACAGUCUUAAAAUCCAUUUCUUCUGAAGAUUGAAAUGUGACAAAUCAUCAUGGUUUAGACCGUUCAAAGAGUAUAUUUGCUCAUGAGCUUAUGUUUUUUUGACGAGAGAUAGCGACAAAGACUCGGUUUUAUUUAGAGAAAGAAAAAACACAAUAGAAAAGGAAAACUGAAGAGAGAGACCAUGGAAACAAGUUAAAAGUUCUACUGGCAGACAGCUUGAUUAUAGACCAUACAUAUAAUAAGGGUGGCAUCUUGGAAGAUUUUUUAAUUUUUUUUUUUUAAUUCAAAAAAGAACUAUGUUAGCCUCUAGAGUGGUAUGUUUCUCGCGCCAAUCAGAUUGCCGCAACUUGAGCAUUCUUUCUCUUGUUCAUUGUAUCUACACUUAUUCGCAAUAUAUGUUUGGUUAGGGUCUGUAACGAUCACACGAACUUUUUCUUGUUGGAAUAUUAACUUUAAUCGGUGAAACUCAAAUCGUUUUAAACUCUACUCGAAAACUUGUGUUACAUGAUCGAACUCGUGUUACGCAUGGGAGUGAGGCGGUUUCAACAGGGUCUAUUAAAGAUAACACAGAGUUUUAGUUUGCUUUUCGUAGUUAAAUUACAAAAUUACAUGGAAUCAUAUUUUUGAGGAAGCUAACUGUAGAAGAAUGAUUUUUAAUUUUUUUCUCUGUCAGAGAAACGACAGUAAGCCGACUCUUUCGCAACUGUUAUUUGGUCUCGUCACACAACACGCUCUCUUCAACGAGGAAGAGAGGGCGUUGUGGGGCAAGAGCGGACAACAGCUUCAUCAUCUUUUUUAUUUGCCUUAUUUACACGAUACAAAAAAAUUUAUAUACAGCGGUUAUAGCGAGAAGGCGAGGAAGCCACCGGGCUUAUGGGAGAGCCACCUUACAUUAAUAAAUAAAGUAAAGAAAAAGUGCUGCGAAUGUGCGGCUUGGCCAAUUCAGUGAUUAUUUAAGUAGAAACUCUUGCAUUUCCGUCUUAAAGCUAAAAAGGUUUGACGAACGAGUGACUGAAACAGGAAGAAAUUUUAGGAUCUUAGUAGAGAAUUGGAAAUUGCUUGAGAUUUGCAUGGCACAAAUUCGUUCGAUAACUACUGGCUGUUCUGGUAACGUAGUUGUGAAUUUGGCUAUUCGUUACAAAAAGAUUGAGAAGCAAUGGGGGAAUAAAUAAUUUCUAUAAGAAAACUAAAAACAUCAUGAGCAAGGUUGUUGGUGAAUAUCUUUUCAAUUAGUGUUGCAGAGUACGAGUUGAGGACCGAGGGUUGGACUGGAGAUGAGAGGAAGAAAAGCGUGAAAAUAAGCUGUCAAUAAAUUCCUGUGUUGGAACAUGAUGAUUGUAUUAGAGAAGGUCUAGGUUUAAGUCUCCCAUCGCAUAACAAUGUCUAUUGACUCUAGUAAUUAGUGAGAGAAUAUUGUUGAAUUUGUCAAUAAACAUAGCAGUGUUUUGAUUUGGUGGUCUGUACACGCAACCAACAAUAUUUUUUCCAUGGGAAACCAUAAUUUCCAAGAAAAGUGACUCAAUUACCUGUGGAUCUGAAAAUUUGCUUUCUUCGAGAAGUUUGUAUUCAACGCCGUUUUGUAAAUAAAUUCCAACUCCGCCGCUCGUUUUCGAUUUACAAUGGUGGGAGACAAAAUUGUAUCCUAUGAUAUUUACGAGCUCUGCAGUGCAAUCAGUUAGCCAUGUUUCUGACACACCAAUCACAGAGAACAGCAUAUUUAGAUUUCUCAGCAAUGAAUUAAGUUGAUCGAAAUUUCUCAUUAAGCUUGGAGUGUUUAAAUGUAUAAUAGAAAAGUUUGUUUUGUCGCCAAAAGAAGCUACUCGAUUGCUCAGAUCUUCCUCAACCGUGUAGCCACCAUCGGGCAGGCGAGUGAUAAAGUUAGAGUCGGGAUUCAGAUGACUACAGAGUGGAUUAAAUAAUUCGGGCCUUUCAACAGGAUUAAAUAAUAAUGUUUCAAGACGGUCAGCAUCGUAACUCGAGGGGCCAUAAUAAAAUUCAUAAACUGCCAAAUUAAAGGAACUAUCAUCCAGGUAAUUAAAAGGAAGGAAAGAUUGAAAGGGUGUCUUGUCAACCAUCAUAGAAGCAGCAAAUUAAUUUACAGACUAAUAUAAGUUACAAAAUUUAGAGAACUUAGCUUAAAGGUAGGCUUUCUUGCCGAGCAAACUUUUCAAGGUCGUCAAGGGUUUUGAACUGGAUAGGGCGGGAGUCUUCGGUUUGCCGAAGAUAGAUGAAGUUCUUACACCAAGAAAACCUAAAGCCAUUACGAGUUUGAAAUUUUUUCGUAUUCGCCAGGAGUUGUUGGACCAGCGGAGUUAGAUGAUGAAAAAGCUUCACGUUCUCUAGUGUGGAAUUGGCAGGUAAACCAAUUGAAGUAGCUGUAAUCUUGCAUGCAUCUUUCCGUACAUUCGUGACCUUCUCUUCACCAAUCCUUCUUGUGAACUUGCAAACGACUGGUCUCGGGCCAGGAGUGGCGUUUCUGGUGAGAGUACGAUGAGCAAUAUCGAUAUCUUGAAUAGAAAUUUCAACUCCUGCAGCUUGAAAGAGGCUAAGACAUAGUGUAGUUGUGUCGGAGGCUGACUCACUUGCCUUUAUUUCAGGGAGACCGACGAUCUUUACGCUGUAUUCAUAACUGUAGCGCUGAAUCAGCUCAAUGGAUUUCCCAAUCUCUUCUACUCGUUUAGACAAGACAUUUAGGUGUGACCAGAGCUGUUGUAAACUUUUAUCCGCUUCCUGGCGAAGGUCACCGUAAGACUUGCCAUAAAAUUGCAGAGUGUUCAAAGUCUCGUCCUGUGAUAUCGCCGGUCGACUCACUUCGCCGCCAUUGUUGGAGACAUUAGCAUUGUUGACGCUAAGUUUGAGCGAAUUCUGAAAGUCUUCAAAUUUUUCUUUAGAGCAGCAAUUUCUGAUUUGAGGCUUUCAUUUUCUUUUUCAAGCCGGUUAACAUUUGGAUUAGGCAUAGAGGGAAAAAUUGCAUUAACAUGGAGCGAUCGAAUAUUCGUCCUCACACCUCGCUCGCUUCGAAGGAGACCACAGUAGGCGUGGCAUCGAUGCAUUUUAUUUUUGUUUAGAAGUAUUUAGACAAUAGAAACAAUAGACCACAAAGAACUUGUGAGAGUUAAGAUAAAGUGAAGUAACACGAUAUUUUCGUUCUUUUGAAAGUUAUGCUCUUUUUCUGUCACAAACAUGAAAACAAUACGUUCACAAAGUGUCCUACUGCAACACACCCAGUUAUACACUAACUCUUGCAUGAUACGCAUGCCUAACAGAGUACAGCCAAGGCUUCUCUAUGUGUCGACCAGUCUUGAUAAUUUAAUAAAUUUGAAAAAGGUUUUUUUUUAUUGUGCGCAGGGAACUUCGCUGGCAAGACAAUCCUCAAUUUUUUCCUUUUUGAGAAUGUCACAAUGCAAGUGGUUACAUCCUCAGAAAUCUUUGCUGGGCAUCACCACAUGAUCUCAAAGAACUUUUACCCUUUGCAAGAUUAAGUCCCUUGGAUAAUAGACUAUCAUAAUGUUUAUCAUAUGUUCUUAAAUUAUUGAGAAUUUCAAAUUAGAUUGUAAGUCACCCUUCAAACAGCCUUAUUGUAUAGCUCCAAUAAACCUCCAUGCAAAAUUUCUAUCAAAGGGGAUGACAUCAAUGUUUGCCACCACAUGAUAACAACAACAAAUCAAUUAUAUGUUAUGCUAAAUUAACUCUGUACUUGAGAUAUCAAAUCUGUUUCAAUCAAAGAAGAAAAUACAUGGACUUUGCUUAUUUUGUCAAAAAAAUACAUGGUUGGUGCCAACUUUUUUGACCCAAUCAUCAUUCUAAGUAAAAUAACCUGGAUUGUGCAACUCAACUAUUUUUGCACACUGAUAACAUAACAACAAUGCAAAUCAAAGAUACAGUAGACUGGUACUUCUUAAAGUGUGUUUUGAGCCAUCAUCAAAGCUUUCCCUUUUCAUCUAUACAGCAUAUAUAGACACAUGCAGAGUGUGGCAGGCCUACAAGAUGCGUUCUAACUAAUAGCAUAAACAUCCGAUAAACAUGAGCAGCAUAAUACAGAAUUUCUAAUAUCAAGUGAUGUUGAGUUGCACACAAUUUUAACAACAUUCAAUGAAGAAAAAGCAGUUGGUCAUCAGGCUGGAAAGAAAACAUUUUUGAAGUUAAACUCCAAAAGUGAUUCAUUAGUGAACAUAUGAACAGUGGCUUUGUAUUUAACAUAUUUUUAUCUACUGUUUCAAGGAAAGAAAAACAAAUUUCAAAGUGAUAACAUCAAGAAGUAAUGAGCACCUCAAGUAGAGAGAUUUAAUGCUGCACAGAACUUAAACAUUUCCCUAACCCUUUACACCCAGCUGGUUACAUCAUACAGUAUGCACCUUCUCCAUACUCUUCCCCAUGCAUUUCCUAUUAAGGUGCGGAUGAUGAUAAUUAAUUAUUUUCUUAACAAUCAAGACCUUUCAUCCAUGAUCAUUUGCUUUAUCCGUUUGACUAAAUGAUUUUUGAUUAAGGGAUGAUAUUGUAGGGGGUUAUUAAAUACUAAUCCCUCUCAAGGGUUACAGGGUAAGGCAAAUCCCGUACAAAACUUUCCAAAAAUAUCAGGACAGUUAAUAGAAAUGUAAACGGGAAGGCUGAAAUAAAAUUUAAGGUGAGCCUCUGCUCAAUGUGUUUCUUUUUUAAUCUUAAUUACUUUGUGUUGUGGUAAAAGAAAAGAAAAUGCAGGGCGUGAAAUUGCGUCUAAUACAGGCGCCAAUGCGACUAAAUUUUUCACUUUGGCGACCAAAUCCUGAAAGUUAGUUGCCAAAUUGGCGACUAGAACGUUUCAUCAUAAUCUUACCAAGAGAUAUAGUGAAUUAAAAAGAUUUGCAAAGAUAAAUCCGCGGCAAUCUUCCUCGUUAAGUUUGUUUCCAAAACGUAGCACAUGCAUCUCGUUCGAUAACUAGACGCCAUCUUGGAUUUAGAUGAGCCUGAAAUUUGUAUAUCAUCCAUCCUAGUGUCCACUUUGCAGCACGUUAAAGAUCUUUUCCCUAACUUAAUUUUGGAGGGUCUAUCUAGAACGCUAACAGCGUAAAGAAAGAUUUUGUUUGUCUUUGAAAAUGGCGACCAACUUUUUUUGAAUUGGCUACCACUUUGGAGAAUUUAGGAGCCAAAUGGCUAUCAGAAAAAAAAGUUAAUUUCACGCCCUGCAAUGACAGAGUGAUUACCACAGUUACAACUACCGGAUUUAAAUUGAGGAACACUCUGUUUGAUAUGCCCUAGGAGAACAAGUUCAUCUCUCCUCAUAUAAUUUUGAAGGUGUAUGUAGAGUAAGUCAGUUUUGACAAGGUUGGGAAAGUAGAAUAAAGGACUGAAAGUACAACAUUUGCAGAUAAGGCAGUCAUAAAAAAAUGGUAAAUACUUGUGAUAUUGUGGAUGAAAAAGCCAAGAAACAUUAAUAAAGACAUCAUAUAACAACAAGCCUUCUACGAAAUAUGUACACAACACCAAAGGUUUAUUCUUUCACACAUUAUUUAUUCAUUUAUUUAUCCACACAUGUAUUUUCUGUUAGCAUACCCCAAAGAAUAAUGUUAUUUUCAAUCCACUGGUUUUAUUUUUAAGGAUGUCAUUUUUUUUUUUUACAAAAUAGAAAUUGAUUGUUGAUGUUUUAAAAUCAAUGUAUAUUUUCCAAUGAGAGGCAAACAACGAGCCAACAACACGUGCAACACAAGCCAAGUAAAUAAUAAAAAAGUCUUUGGCAAUAACCAAUAUACAAAACAACCAAAAUAUGAACACAAUCGAAACACAACCUUCAUUGGUAACCAAUUUACGACACAAGCCAGUACAAAUAAGCACAAUUUUUUGCUAUCACCAAUUUACAACACUUUCUCUCAGCAAUUUACAACACAAGCGAAUAUAAAUUAAACAGAGGGGCUCAUAAAGGGUUUACAACACAGAUCUACAAGCCAAAACAAUAGGCAGCAAGAGUGACACUGAUCAAGAGUAUUUAGCGCUCACCAAGCGCUUUAUAAAAUGAGCUAAUGAAAUAGAUACAUACACUUGGUUCACCACUGCUCAAUACGGUUCGAUGAAGUAACAAAUUAAACCAUAAAAGGAUGGAUGAGCAAAAUCACAGAAUAGUGAAGAAUUUAUCUCGGCACUAAAUACGCACAGCCUUAGUACCGCUGACCGGCUUAGCAAGGAACCUUGGACUUUGAAUGCCUUUGAAUGCCAUUGAAUACCUUUGAAAGCGUUUGGCAUUGGCGUUAUGUGUUUGCAGUCUGUUGCGUGAUGUUUUCGUAUGGUAAAAGUCAAUCAAAGAUAGUGUCGGGUUUCCUUCCAAUGUUACGUAGUUGAAUUUCCUCCUUCCCAUUUCAGCGAAUUGCACCAGGUUUUGUCAACAACUACAUUCAAAAAGGCUAAGAUAUCUCAGUUCAAAAAGCGAAUUCAUCUUUUCAACUGUGAUAACACAUACAAGCUAGAGCCUGUUGAAAAAUUGCUGGAGAAAUGUGGCAUCCAUGUUGAGCGUGUUGAGAAGCACUACUUCAGACUUCCUAAAAUGUAUGAAAUGGUAGACAUAAUUCCCACCUUAGAGAUGGAUAUGGCCUUUUUCGUGGUUCAUGCACAUGAAUGUGUUCUCUCGAUAAACGAGGACGGCGCGGGAUUUGGCUACGCCAAAAUAUACCGGGCUUUAUUACAAGCAACGGGUAAGGAGCUGAAACAUUUUCAGUUUUUUUUUAUCAUUAUUUAUCAUUAUUAAAUCUGUUUGUCUCAAACACAUUUAAUUUUGCUUAACAAUGCGUUGUUCAGCAGGCAGCGAUUUCUUUGACAAAAGCAGUGGCAAGUUUAUCAAAUUUACUGCGGAGCUGUUGUACAUUUUCCCUAACAAAGGCCCAUUAGAUAUGUGAGUCGAAAUCGAAAGUAAAUUAGCAAAUCGAGGUUGGCAGUUCUCGGCGCUUGCUCCGGAAAUUGGUAACUACAACUAGUUGUUUCAUGCGUCGUCGAGGAUCUGUUACGACUAAGGAAAUCGAAUUCUCGGUACAGAAAUACAGUUCCACUUUGUUUGAGAUACCUGCGCUGAGCAAAAAAGAAUUGUACUCGAAUGCUUCUUUAUAAUAACUUGGAACAAGGGUACACAAUGGUUUAAUGAAGGCAACAGAUAAUCGGCUUGACUGUUUUUUUUUUCUCUUUUUAUUCAGUUGUAAACCCGUUUGUAUUUGCUGCCGAGCAAGGAGAGGAAAAAAUCUUUGCCUUGCAUUAUUAAUUUUGCUGCUAAGAAAAGCUAUCAACCGUAUAAAACUAACGCGAUGUGAUUCUGUGAAUAAAGCGGCGGACAAUUUAAGCGGAAGCGACUAAGACCGUUUGCGAUGAUCUGUUUUCCCUCUUUUGUUGGCGAUCAAAAUUUUUAGGCAAUGUUAGGCAAUGUGUUUGCAUUUAUUUCUGAAUUUCGAUUUUAUUUUUCCUUUCCUAAAUCAAGACAGAAGCAAACUUCCAGCGAAUGCUUAUGAUAAGAUGGAUUAGACAAGAGGAACUGUUUCCAAGAAUCUUGUGACAAUUUCAAUUCGUUUUUCAAUGUUAAACCCAAUUUGCGUGUGCCUGUGUGUUUCCUUGAAUUUGUGGUUUAAUGUUGACCUUAAGAUUCAUGUCAUACGUCGUUCAGACCACUAAGAUAUAAGAUUUCAAUGACUCAUUGCUUGUCACUGAAUUUUGGAAGUUAUUAAUACUUGCACUGAAAGAUGUUGAAAAACGCAUAGAGUCUGGGAAUACUGUAAUAUUUUGCACUUUCAUCGGGAUGCCACUCGUUCAAGUUGGGUUCAAGUAGACUACAUCAACUACAUGUAAUUGCCAUUGAAUCCGUCAGGGACUGACAGGAUAAUAUGAGUAAAAGUGAAAGCAAAUUUACAUUUAAAAGCCAUUUUGCUUCAAUGAGUAACGGCUAAGGGAACAUUGAGUUAACUCUUCACAAUGAAAAAUGCUACACAAAUCAGAGGUGCCUCUAUUCGGAUACUGGUUUUGAGCGGCCAAAGCAUAUUUCUACGGAGAAUUUGUAUGUUAUGAUAAAACAGUUAACCAAUGAAACCGAAUUUGAAAGGUAAACAUUUGUCUGCAAUCAACAGUUAUUUAUACCACUGAAAUGGGUUCAAAACGCGUUUUCAAAGCACAUCAAAUUAAUUUGAAUAAUCAUUCGAAUUAUGUGAGGACCUCCAAUUACCAUAAAUGAACUAAGAAACAUGAUGUUUUUUCGAUGACAUGUUAAAUUUUAUUUGCUCUUUGUUAGAAAUACUUUUCUUUAUUUCCACGAGCACAAAUAAAAUAUACAGAAAUAAUAAACAAAUGAGAUUCCGAAGACGUCUUAAGUAUCCGUGUAUCCGAGCCAGAGGCUCAUGUAUAAGACGUAUGGCAGUAAGCAUGCAAAAUAAAAUUUAAAAAAACAGAAACAAAAAAUUACAAUAAUAAUAAUAAACUAAACGUACAAAAAUAAUUACUACAAUUAAAAAUAUCGGCACGACGGUAACACCAGGUGCUCAGUCAAAGGGGCGCAUUGUUCCAUAUUUUACAUCUGGUCAUUAGAAAGGAAUUUGAUUAAGUGUGUCUGACAUGGGAGAUACAAACACAUUGGCCAACAAAAAAAAACGUUGGAAAUAGCAUAUUAUGUGUGGAAGUAUGUAAUGUUACGCCUCUUUACAUCUGAAUCUGUUUUAUUAUCAGGUGGAGAUGUCAUCAUCGUUAUCGGGGAAGAUGACAAAUACAAGGGCGAAGACGAAGAGGAACGUGAAGUUAUUUCACGUUGGGCGAAAAGGAAAGUCGUCUCACAGUUUGGCAAAGAGUAUCUUGAUGGCAGAAAGAGCUUUAUCUUCUCUUGGAACAAACAACAUCGAGCCGUUCACGAACAAGCUUUAUUGCAUCACUUUCACCUAAACAAGAAAGGACUAAAGUUUGAAUAUCGGCCGCCUACUCCAAACCAACAAUCAAACUCAGAACCUCAAUUGCAGGAAACAUCUACAGAAUUAGAAAAUCCAUACACAUCCAAGAGUUACUCACAGAACGGUAAAGACACCUCUUUACUGACGGUUGAUAAACAAGAAAGUCCGACUGAUUCACACUCUAGUGGCGUUAGCAGUGCCGCGGGCGGCAGCAGAGACUUGGUGGGAAUGGAACCUUCUUUCAGUAAUCAAGGGGACAGUGCUUACACACCAAACACACAUAUGAUCCGCCUAAGAGGCUUUCAAGAACCGGAUAUUAACGCUGAAUCGUCUUCCAAUUAUCUACACAACGUUACCACAGAUUAUUUACAAACUAAAUAUUCAGAAUUAAAAAGCUGUCAUGGGGAGAGUUCCCAAAAUACCCCGCAGCCUGUUCUGGCGACACAACUCCCUGGAAACCCUCCUCCCGUUGUUGUGCUGAGAAGUAUUGCUCGUUAUGGAAGGAUAUCUAAUCAAUUAGGUGACCUUCAAGUUUGGGACCCUGAAUUUAAAAUUCCAGAUGACAUUCAAGAUAAGUUGCUUACUAAACACUGUCAUACCCCUGAGACUGGAGUACGAAUUAUUAGGUAUAGUGAUGGCACACUUGAGUGUCAUAAUUAUCAAAAUCUAACAAAGUUUUUUCUGGAUGAAGAUAUAGAGCUUGCUAAAGAUGAAUUUCUCGUAAUGAAAACUCGUAUCCGCCACGGAAAGGUGUCUUUUGAAGACGUUGAUGUACAGUUUAAGUUUGGAAAUGUUCAUAUUCCUCAAGACAUUAUCUAUGGUUUCACAGGAAAAGAUAGUGCUGACCUGUACAUUAUUUCAGGAGCCACAAAGAAUGUUCGACUUAUAGUGAAAAGGGAGGGUGCUUCUAUAAGAGUAAGAGGAUUUAUGAAUAGAGAGUUUCAUUUUUUGUCUCGUUUACUUCAAAACUCUUAGCACCGGAGAAAAUGCAUUUUAUGUUUGUAAGUUAGAGCGAGUUGGAGUGCCUGUGACACGAAAUACUUUUUGCGUACUUAUAUAGCCUAUCAUGUAUACAAUCCAUUGAGGAAAAAUUAAAAAAAAUUACAACUCGUUUUUUUCUGGUCCAAAGGUGCUCUUAUUUUGCCUAAAGUGGUUCCAUAGACUGGUGAAGAGUUAGUGAGUGAUGACGUAGAAAACUGUGAAAACUUUCGAUUCUCUUGUAAUUUUGUAUUAGUUUGUUUAUUUAUUAGCGGUGUAUACCUAACUUCAGUAAGCUCCGCCGAGAGUUGUGAUAUAUCUUACCCAAGUAAUAAAGAAGAAAUGGAAGUUGCGAAUACGGUUCAGCCCUACAAAGGAGAACAGCAUGCGUCAAGCGAAGAUUUCGACCAAGACCGACAAAGACGGUUUCUCGCCUGCAGUGUUCAGGUCAAGAUCAGAGUAAAAAUUUCCCGUUACUGAAUGUUUCGUUCGUUGUGUUUGUUUCUCGUUUUCUUUAGCAAAAUCCAUCUUAACAAUGGGAAGCUGUGUUCGUUUCUGUUGCCAUAACUUAUCGUUCCUUAGCACUGAGUGUGGAGAAUACUUCAUUGAUGUAAUGAUCAGUGCUCUGGAGUUUCGUUGCUAUAGAGAAAUUCCCUCUGCAAACGAAAAGUUUUUGAGGGCAGCAUCGAAAUAAUCAGCUUUAUCACGAGGCACGAUGAUUUUCGUCGCGUAGUUAUUGGACAGUUUUCCCGUGUAAGUUGCUUCUUUCAUCAGGGGUUGCAAAGGCAGAGGCUAUCGUCGUCGAGUCGGUCAAACGGGAACGAGUGAAUCUAUAGUCAUCUGAUUCAAGUUCAUCUCAAAUAGGGAUUUUAAUGGAAAAAAAACUUGUUUAGUUUGCAAUGAUGAAACAUUGAUACAUAAAGCUAAGGUAUAUAGAACUUUUCUGGAGGCAGCUAGCCUUUCGUCUCUUUUAAUUAGUUUAAUUGAAAGGUCGAUGGUAUCUGUGUUGAUCUGCAUUGAAAAAAAAAAACAUUUAUAUGAAUAUGACUUGUAUUUAUAAGUACAGGUAUCGAAACCUACGCGUUUUGUACUUCUAAUAGCGGACGGUAAAAUCGGAAACUAAAUCAACUGUUUCUGAGAAUCUGUUAAUUUGUUUAUUCCUGACGACAAAAUCUUCUUUUUGGCGACCCUUUUUAAUGAUUUUACUUCUUUAGGUGACGACCUUAAGAAAAUUCGAGCUUGGAACCCCGAUCAAGACUCCUGCGUUGCUGAAGCACAAUUUAUUUUUUUUGCGCCCUCAUUUAAGGCAGAAAGUAAAUUUCACGAAUGCUUUUGAACCGAAUGAGACGGAAUGGAAUUUAUAACUAAUUUUAAUUCGCUUAAUGAGGUUAAGCUUAAUUCAUAUGUGUGGUUCUAUCGUAAGGUGAAUUGGGACAGAAAAGUAAACUUUAGCAAUGCUUUUCACUGAGUUGACGGUUUAAGAUUGAUCGCUUGGUUGGUGCACAUGCUUCAUGCAGAGUACAGAAAGCUCAUUUUUAACAAUUUCGUUGGGUUAUUGCCUCGCGCUGAAUUUGGGAGUUUUACUCACGUUACCUUAGCUCAUCCAGAAAAGAUGUGUUCCAUCUUAUGCCAGGCAUCUUCUCUGAAUUUUCCCUUAAAGUUUUCCAGAGUUGA